AUGACCCAGGGCAUCAGCAGUGGCCUUAGCCAUUUCCUCAAGCUCGUGACUGAGAUCACGAAUCUGGUCCAGGGCUUGCAUGACCCCAUAAUUGGGCAGAAGGGCGCCAAAGAAUCUGCUCCAAAAUGUCUGUUGGUGGAACAGAUCUCUCCGGCCUCGAGCAUGAGCCUGGGACAUAAAAAUCCGGUUCCAGCUGAUAGCCUCUAUUGUCAGACUGCAGCUGGGGACCAGCACUCCCAGCGCUUUUGUGGUGGUCCCUUUAAAAAGCUGUUCACUGGUCCGUUCUGGAUCCCGUCCGGUAGCAGCUCCUGCUGCGUGAGCGCUGAGGGAUUACCCGAUGGGAUUGGCACGCUGGUAGACUGCUGGUACGUGGAUGAAGUUGGUGGAAGGAGCAGUUUUCCCAGCUCCAUUGUCCAGGAACCUGCCGUCCUGCUCCUCCGCCAGGUCCCGUACGAUGAGGGAAAGGAGCCCGAGAUUCCCGCUGACCUGCCUCUGCCAUCUGAGCUGAAACCCGGAAGAUUCUUCGCUGUCCGAGACCCUUCCCGGAUAACGGCCCACCCUGGCUUUGGGACGGCCAGGGUCCCGAGGGAGAAGCCGCACUGUGAGAUUAAUAAAUACGGCCCACAGGAUUCCAGUGUGGUCUGGGCCACUGGCCUGACUGACGACGAGAAAACUCCGGCCUAUCAGUCCAGCUCCUGGUUCUGUAGCUUCCUGCGGACCUUUGACCUCUCCUUCAGCGUUGCCAGUGUCCACCGGGUCACCUCAGGUCCCAGAGAAACAGGAGACCCCUCUCCACUGGAAACCUCAGUUGUCUUGAACGUCUUCUCCCGCACUCCGAAAGUGAGGACGGGACUGGGGCGUGACGUCCUCCUGGACUGCGGGUUCGCCAUGGACAGGCAGACUGGCUUUGCCGUGGAAUGGCGUUACCAGUUCAAGGGCAGCGGGCACUUGGUCUACGCUUACAACGGCGCCCACGACCGGGUGGACAUGGCAGAAGCAGGCACAGACAUGUUCUUUUACGAGGUGCACAGUCGGGGGAACGCCUCACUAUUGAUCCGAAACGUGGCGAUCAAGCACGAGGGCAGCUACAUCUGUACCAUCUACAUGCCAAACCUGCACGCUCAGCAGUCAAUCGAACUCCAAAUCACAGAGCGUCCCAAGGUGACGGUGAGUCCGGACCCCCUGGUGCUGGUGCCUGGCCAGGAGCAGACAGUCACCUGUGAUGUCUCCUCCUACUACCCUCUGGAUGUGACUGUGAGCUGGAGCAGGAAGGGUGCAGCGGGGAACAGCAGCUCGGAGCUCAUCACGGACAGCAUGCUGAGCGGUCAUCGUCAAAACCCUGAUGGAACAUACAACAUGAGCAGCUACCUGACGGUGGUGCCCAGCUGGGAGGACCACCUUGCCACUUACACCUGCCACGUCGAACACGACUCCAUCAAGACCCCUGUGCGCAAGACCGUCACGCUGAAGGUCGCAGGAGUGUCUGGCCCGUCCCUUGAUGAUGCCAUUGGGAUGUUUGUCUGUGCCUUCAUUGUGUACGGAAUAUUGAAAUUCCUCUACUGGAUAUUCAUGGAGAAAGUAUACGGUCUGCUGUUUGGAACAGAAGGGAGACCAGCAGAAAAGGUGAAAACUAACUAACCAUCCAGGCUGCUGUCAGAGAGGUGCUGACGAACUGUCGGUGCCUCAGUGAUGGGUGGAGAGAAGGGGAGGGGGUUCAGCUGAUCCCCUCAGCUCUGACCAGCUGAUUUUCGAUGAUGCCGCAGCACUCCAAGCUUUUCCUGUUUCGUUUUGUGUGUGUGUGUGUUUUUUAAUCCGCGUGCGUUUGCGAGCAGCUUGGUAGACAUGGUAGGCAGUUUCUGAACAGAUCGUGUAAAUAAUACUCUGAAAUUUGCAUUGAAGGUUGAAAUUACUGGUUAAAAAUCACUGGGGGGGGGGGGUGGGGGUGCUCAGUAGUCAGUCUCUUUCCCCUCUGCUUUGAAAACACUCUGUUGGGAAGGCAACAUUUCUGUACAUUCUAGUGAUGCUGUAAACGUACAAUGGGAUAUUGCUCUGAGAUGUCUGUAUACAUGAGAGAGACACUGUAAACAUACAGCCGAAUAUGGCCCCGAGAUCUCGGUUUAUAUUGUAGAGACUCUGUAAACACACAGUGGGAAUAUCACCCUGUGGUCUCUAUGUUAGAGACUCUGUAAACACACAGUGGGAAUAUCACCCUGUGGUCUCUAUGUUAGAGACUCUGCAAACAUAGAGUGGGAAUGUUGCCCUGCGAUCUGUUAUAGAGACACUGUAAAUAUACAGCAGGACUAUGUGCAUAUGAUGGAGACUCUGUAUAAACACACAGUGGGAUGACUUUGGUUCUUUCGCGUGAACUCAGGGAAAACUAUUUUAAGGACACUGCACUAAUGGUAAUUGUGCUCAAAGUUUGUGCGAAGAUUUGUAGCUCGGGUGCUCAUUGUUGUGGUUCUGUUCGCCGAGCUGGAAGUUUUUGUUGCAAACGUUUCGUCCCCUGGCUAGGAGACAUCUUCAGUGCACUGGAGCCUCCUGCGAAGCGCUUCUUUGAUGUUUCUUCCAGUAUUUAUAGUGGUCUGUCCUUGCCGCUUCCGGGUGUCAGUUUCAGCUGUCCGCUGUAGUGGUUGGUAUAUUGAGUCCAGGUCGGUGUGUUUGUUGAUGGAGUUUGUGGAUGAAUGCCAUGCCUCUAGGAAUUCCCUGGCUGUUCUCUGUCUGGCUUGCCCUAUGAUAGUAGUGUUUUCCCAGUCGAAUUCAUGUUGCUUGUUGUCUGAGUGUGUGGCUACUAGGGAUAGCUGGUCGUGUCUUUUCGUGGCUAGUUGGAUAGCCACUAUAAAUGCCGGAAGAAACAUCAAAGAUUCCCCAUGGUAGGCUAAUGCUAAAACUACGGAGGUAUGGCAUUGAGGAUACAUUAGAGGUUUGGAUUAGGAAUUGGCUGGCUGGAAGGAGACAGAGGGUAGUAGUUGAUGGAUUAUGUUCAUCUUGGAGCGCAGUUACUAGCGGUGUACCACAAGGAUCUGUUUUGGGACCAUUGCUUUUUGUUAUCUUUAUAAAUGAUCUAGAGGAAGGACUUGAAAGCUGGGUAAGCAAGUUUGCAGAUGACACAAAAGUCGGUGGAGUUGUGGAUAGUGAGGAAGGAAGUGGUAGGUUACAGCGGGAUAUAGAUAAGUUGCAGAGCUGGGCGGAAAUGUGGCAAAUGGAAUUCAAUGUAGCUAAGUGCGAAGUCGUUCACUUUGGUAGGAAUAACAAGAUGAUGGAUUACUGGGCUAAUGGUAGGCUACUUGGUAGUGUGGAUGAGCAGAGGGAUCUUGGUGUCCAUGUACACAGAUCUCUGAAAGUUGCCACCCAGGUAAAUAGUGCUGUGAGGAAGGCAUAUGGUGUACUGGGCUUUAUUGGCAGAGGAAUUGAGUUCCGGAGUCCUGAGGUCAUGUUGCAGUUGUAUAAGACUCUGGUGAGGCCUCAUCUGGAGUAUUGUGUGCAGUUUUGGUCGCCAUACUAUAGGAAGGAUGUGGAAGCUUUAGAACGGGUGCAGAGGAGGUUUACCAGGAUGUUGCCUGGAAUGGUAGGAAAAUCUUAUGAGGAAAGGCUGAGGCACUUGGGGCUGUUCUCAUUGGAGAAGAGAAGGUUUAGGGGAGAUCUGAUAGAAGUGUAUAAGAUGAUUAGGGGUUUAGAUAGGGUAGAUACUAAGAACCUUUUACCGCUAAUGGAGUCAGGUGUUACUAGGGGACAUAGCUUUAAAUUAAGGGGUGGUAGGUAUAGGACAGAUGUUAGAGGUAGAUUCUUCACACAGCGGGUUGUGAGUUCAUGGAAUGCCCUGCCUGUAUCAGUGGUGAACUCUCCUUCUUUAUGGUCAUUUAAGCGGGCAUUGGAUAGGCAUUUGGAAGUUAUUGGGCUAGUAUAGGUUAGGUAGGAUUCGGUCGGCGCAACAUCGAGGGCCGAAGGGCCUGUACUGCGCUGUAUCCUUCUAUGUUCUAUGUUCUAAGCGCUUCGCAGGAGGCUCCAAAGCACUGAUGAUGUCUCCUAGCCAGGGGACGAAACGUUUGCAACAAAAACUUCCAGCUCGGCGAACAGAACCACUACGGUAAUUGUGCUGUUCAGAGCCUCGGUCAGAUGUGAUUAUCUACGAGCACUCUAUCCCUUUCACCUUUGGAUUGUGGGUCGUUUUCUGACUUUGUGACUUUGUAAAGCAGAGACCUGCCUUGCUAGGAGAGAGGGUAAUGGGAAGGGAAGCAGUGACCUCUCCAGACCCUCUCCCCAACAGCAGGACGCUGUUUACAGUCCCACGUCAGGGCAGGGAGCUGGAUUCUGAAGUCAUUCAAACCACAGAUCUGUGGAGAAAGACAGACGGUGACCUUUCACCAAGACGACCCCUCAGUUUGUGUUCCCCUGAAGGUUCGGGUCAUCCACAUGAUAAGUUUGAAUUGUGAUUGCAUUUUGUUCACCUCCCAGCGUCCGAUCCGAGAGAGGGGUUUAAUUGUUCUGUUGAGCAGCCAGUUUGGGGGACGCUUACCUGUUGAUGCCUUUGACGGUUCCCUGACGAUUCCCGAAUCCUUUGCCGUCUAUUCCCGUUUCUGGCCGUCUCUAGGCGGAUUUAUUUGGAAAAGUUGCCUGUGUAGACUUUUCAAUCGCGUACACCAAUGAGCAAGUCGGUUUUAUUUGGAAAUUAAAAGUUUUUCUUCCUCCUCA